AUGACCGACGAAAUGAAUACCGGAUCGGAGCCAGCCGCUAUCACUGUGAGAACGGGCAUUGUUAGGUUAAUUGGACAAAAGCGGGUGGAUGACGACGGAGAAGGUGAAUAAGAGCAAAAGGCGGCGGGCAUACUGUAUGACGAGCAGCGGCGGCUGAGAAAGGACGCCCUGAAAGGAGCGACGGUGUGUCACGUUGACGUUUGUCAAACUCUCACUUCUGAUCCUGCCGGCUGCCUCGACUCUCUAUCAGCAGUUUUUGUUUGUUUUUGUUUUACAGUAUCUCAACACUAGUUCAUUUUUGUUUGAAAAACAUUAUUGGAUGUUUCCAUAUAGUAUUAAAAAAAUGAGAACUUUUAUUUAACAGGUUUUUGGAACUGCUGUACCUUCAUGAAUUUUUGACAUCAGAGCAUGCGUUUUUGCACUUUCACUUACAGGUAGAAACUCGAGGCGUGAUAGAUAUAUGUAAUAAUCACUUUGAAAGAAAAAUAAGAAACACAACCAAAAAAAAAGAAAAAAGUAUUUUUUUCGAGAUAGUUUGUCUUAAUGAAUAAAAAGAAAUUAGCUCUGGCGAUUCUAGGAUUUCACGAAUUACAAUAGAAAAGUUCCAUAGUUCAAUAGAAAAAUUAUAGACGUUGUUUAAGUAAGCAUGAAAAUUUUGGAUAUUUCAACCCGUUGAAGCCGAACUUAAGCGCGGGUUUUCGCAGACCGAAAAAAGGCAACCUUCUAAGGAAAAUAAUUUCAAAUUGUGUCAUCUUGGAGAAAAAAAAUUACGCAUCUCACCUCUUUAGUGGAUAUUUUUUUAAGAAUACGCUUUCCUCCCCUUGAAGUAUCAAAACAGUCUCUUAUUGUUAGACUACAUAACCUUUUCUAACUUUUCUUCUUAUAACUAGACAGAUUUGUUUAUUUUAAUUUCAUCCCUUUCAGAAAAAAAAGCUUAAUGUUUUAGUUAUGAAAUAUUUCGGUAUGAAGUCAAGGAAAAAUUGAUUUCAAUUUGGGCACUUGAACUCCUAAUUAAUUUUUUUCGGGAAUUUUUCGAACUUGAUCAAUUUAAAACUUGAUUUGUAUCUUUUUUUACUUUUUUACGAAGGCUAACUAUUCCAAUAAUUUUAUUAAAAAACGAGGGCUUCUACACAUUUCUCGAAUCCACAUGUUCGUUUUGGCGAGUAUUAUUUUGUUAACUCAUCUCAUGAAACAAAAUCAAAACUUCAUGUUUGUAAAGUUUACGUUUGUAUCAAACUUUUCAUACAUAAGUCGUUGAGUUCAAGUUUGUGUCUAGAAAAACCGACAUUUUUUAUUUUGUGUGCACAUCUCUGUUUCCCGACGAUACUGCUUAGCUCUUAUUCUUGAUAUAUAUUUUGAUAUAUAUUUUGAUAAUUUAUUUUUUUUUAACUUGAGUAUCUAUUACCUUUUUGGAAACUCAGCAGAAAACACAUUUUUCACACAAAAGGAGAAGAAAAGAUCGAUUUUCAGCGUUACCGUACUGUUCCAUUAUUCCUAUACUGCAAACUCCUCGUUUGUUUCUAUCAAUUGCUGCUUUCGCUGACGUUCUACGGAUACCAACACAGGUUUUCUUUUUCAAAAAAACUUAUCAAUAGUUUACUUUUUAUCGAAAUUGAUACUAAGAUUCUUCUGCAUUUGACAUAAAUAUUUGAGUCUCAAUCCAGAAGCUGAUACACUUGUGAAAAUCUUAGAUUGCAAAAAAAAUCAAAGUUGAAAUGGUUUGAAUAAUUCAUCAUUUCUGAUGACCACGAAUUUCAAAAUGCUUUGCAAUAAUCAGAAAGGCUAAUUUUUUUUUCGAAUCUGUUUGAUGAAACGUCUGGUUUUCUUUUUUGUUUUCUCUAUCCACAGGUGUUCUUUGCCGGAUCAGGACAACAGAAUAAAUCAAUUGAAAUUUUUUAUUUCAAUUCUGGUAACGUGAAUAAGAAAAAAUCUCUGAAUUUCGCACGACACUUAAAGAAGCCGUGGAGAAAGGCGAAGAGGCGGGAAAAAGAGGAGUGAUGUACUGGAUGAGGAUGGGCAAAGAAGGAGAGGCACCUGCCAGCAAGCAAUAUCAGCCUUCUUAUAGCUCUCGAUACGUCUCUCGUCUGGACGCAAUAUCCGUCGCGAUUACAGUAUGCCGAUUCUUGGGCGGGUAUAGCCACAAUUGGCACGCCUUUCUGUUAUACAUGAAGCUGCUCACCGAAGCCGCCAUGCAAAGGUUUGUUUUUUCCUUGUUCUUCGAAUCCUUUCAAUCUUUAGAAGAUUCGUGUGGCGCCUAUAAAAAGCUGUUUUUUAGAGAAGAGAGAUCCGAAAUUGCCGACCUCGACGAACCGUCUUUGUGUAGACUGACACUGGUUCACGUCGAACACAGCUCCCAACCCAUAUCCUCUGCUGACAACCAUUCCAGUUUGUAGUUCAUCUUUGCCAGUAUACAAAGACACCAACUCAAUUUCGUACAUAUUUUUGAGUCGUUCCUUUUUCAAAUCAUCAAUUUCAAUCCACCACGAAAACAGUUACUAGAAAAGUUCAUUGUGAAUAGCUCUGCAUCGUUUAUGCAAAAAAGGCUAAUCCUAGAUUAUUGUUUCACUACAACGAGAUAAUAAAGCGAGGAAGCCAGGUUUAAUGACAACGAUUUAGCGACGUCCUCUCCGUCGAUGGAAGGAGCCGAAGCGAUUUGUUGCGCCUGCGGCUAUUUAAUCAACGACCGAUUUAUUCUCAAGGUUGGUUACCCCGGAAAUCAUUCAAGCUCAAAUUCAAGAUUUCCAAUCUAGAUUUUCUGUGACUCAGCUUAUUAUCAUUUGACGAGAUUACAAAAAUAGAACUCCCAAGAUUUCUCAAUCAAGUGAAAUAUUUCGAAGAUCCCAAGUACAAUGUUCUCCGCUUAACUGCAAAAAAAGAAGAGUUUGAAACUGCGCCCAACAGUAUACUUUACUAUGUAAAACAGAUAGAGUCGAAGAACAACAUAAUUUAUAUUGAGACAGCUUUUCGACUGCUUUGAAAAAAAUCUCUUACAGGGAAAGUCAUUCUACUCGAAGCUUUCAAAAUAUUCUCUUUUCAAGCACACUAUUCAUUCGAUUGGAUUGAUGUCAAGUCUCUUUUUACUUUUGAAAAGGGAAACUUCAGAAUUCAGAUUUUUGCUUAGUUUACAGAAAAUAAUCUAGGAAGGUGGUGGCAGAUUUCCGGGUUCUCAUAUACUAUAUCUCCAAUAUCAAAAAAUUAAGGUGUUCUAUCAGAAAAUUUUGGGUGCAACCCAUUUUUUUGUUUUCAUAGCAAGGUAGGAAUAUUGGACAUUCACUUUCUACCUUUUCAGGUGAUGGAAGACAACUACCACGAGAGUUGUCUGCGAUGUGCAGCCUGUCAUCAGUCGUUGGCUUCCAACCCGACGUGUUACACCAAGAACGGACACAUCUACUGCCAGCAGGACCAUACUUUGUUCGUUUUGCUUUUGCUUCACUGA